AUGUCGGGCGCGGCGGGCUCCGGCGCGGGGGCUGCGGGCUCGGUAGGCUCUGUGGUGCGGCGCUUCCUGGCGGAGUACGGCAGCGGCACGCCGAGCCGCCUCAAGGUGCUGGACGCCUACCUGCUUUACGUGCUGCUCACCGGAGCGCUCCAGUUCGGCUACUGCCUCGGUGUCGGCACCUUCCCCUUCAACUCCUUCCUCAGCGGCUUCAUCUCCGCCGUCGGGAGCUUCAUCCUGGGCGUUUGCCUCCGGAUCCAGAUCAACCCCCAGAACAAAGGCGAGUUCCAGGGCAUCUCCCCGGAGCGAGCCUUUGCUGACUUCCUCUUUGCCAACACUAUUCUGCAUCUCGUGGUCAUCAAUUUUGUUGGCUGAGCUCUAGAAGAGAUGACGAGGUAUUGACUUGCUCUUGGGCUCUGAUGCCAAAUCCUAGCACUGGGAUGUGCUGUUCCCCAGCAGACUCUUUCCUGCCUCCUCAGUGGGCACACAAUUUUUCCCCACAGACUAUCCUGUGGGGGGGUCUGCAGUCCUGUGGAGAGGUCUGCUGCCUCACCACAGGUCCUGUCAUCUUUUCUGCCAAUAAAACCCUUUCUAACACUGCAGUCUUCUUCCUGGUAUUGACAAAUACAGAGG